UUGAGAAAGGGAGACUAUAGAAAUGGCGGAAAAAUCUUUUCAUCCGGUGGAUUAUGUUGUAUUUGGUUUGAUGCUGUUAAUAUCCGCGGGCAUCGGUAUCUACCAUGGCUGUACUGGCGGUAAACAACGCACAACCAGUGAAUAUUUGCUGGGUAAUCGUAGCAUGAAAACGCUCCCCAUCGCUAUAUCACUUUUGGCUUCAUAUCUUUCCGCAAUAACGUUACUUGGCGUUCCUAGCGAGAUUUUCACAUACGGAGCGCAAUACACGGUGUUGCUCUUCUCCUAUUUCAUCCUUACAGCAACUUCUGCAAUUAUUUUUGUUCCAAUCCUCCACGGACUUCAUUUGACCAGUGCUCAUGAGUACCUUGAGUUAAGAUUUGGAGUUGGAGUGAGAAUACUUGGUUGUAUGUUGUUUGUCGUUCAAUACUUGUUGUAUCUCUCUGUUGUUCUGUACGCCCCAGCAUUGGCUCUGCAAGCCGUUGCUGGUGUACCUCUUACAGCUUCGAUCAUUUCAACUGGAGUCGUUUGCACGUUCUAUACAACAUUAGGUGGUCUCAAAGCUGUGGUUUGGACAGAUGUAUUCCAAGCGUUUGUCAUGGUUGCUGGUCUCAUUACGGUUUUUAUUGUUGGAACUGUCAAAGUUGGAGGAUUUGAUGCUGUCUGGCAGAUAAAUGGUGAUAGAGGACGACUAAAAUUCUUCGAUUUUAAUCCAGACCCAACAGUUCGCAACACAUUCUGGACUUUAGCAAUUGGUGGUGCAUUUACAGCAAUGCCUCCGUGGACUGUUAGUCAAGCUGCUGUUCAAAGAUUUUUGGCUUCUGAUUCUAUCAAAACCGCACAAAGAGCUUUAUGGUGGAAUAUUCCUGGCCUCAUUUUUAUUGUAACAUUCUGCUGUCUGGACGGUCUCGUGAUUUUUGCUGUGUAUGCUGAUUGUGAUCUCAAGGAAGAUAAACGUGUCACCAGUAAUGAUCAGGUUUUGCCUUAUUUUGUUAUUGACCAGCUGGGCCACUUGGUGGGAGUUCCUGGGAUUUUCAUGGCUUGUCUAUUCAGCGGAGCUCUGAGUACGGCCUCUUCAGGUCUGAAUUCAUUGAUCACUGUCACUUUGGAAGAUAUUGUCAAGAAAAAAUGGACAGAUCUUUCCGAUUAUGAAGCAACAAAAUUGUCCAAAAUAUUAGCUGUGGUAUAUGGUGUAAUUAUCAUAGGCGGUGCUUUCAUAGUCAAAUACUUUGGAACAUUGGUUUUACAGCUUGCCUACAGUAUAUUUGGCUUACUUGGAGGUCCUUUGCUUGGGAUAUUUUUCUUGGGAGUUAUGAUACCAAGGGCCAAUUCUAAGGGUGCCUACGUUGGGGCUUUCGUUGGUUUUGUUUUGACCAUAACAAUCGCAAUAGCUGGCAUGGUUUAUCCCCCUGACAAAAUGGCUGGUAGUAUUUCUAUCAAAGCGUGCGAUCACUAUAACGCUUCCAUCUAUGCGAAUACAACAGAUGAUGGAAUUAUGCUAAAAACCUUUAAGCCAUACAGUGAACCUUUUGCAAAACUCGGCAGUCUGUCGUAUCUCUGGUAUAGUGCUACUGCUGUUGGUACAACAUUUGUAGUUGGAGCUAUCGCUAGCUUCAUAUGUGAAACAAGUCAUGAUCGUCGGUCUCGUCCUGGUCCUGAACUCCUGUUCAACAUUCCUGAUUUCUUACGAUCAUUAAUAUGUUGCAAGUCGAAAGAAAGCUGGAGUUUGGCGAGAGAUUCCUCCCCUAGUCAUCCCCCUUAUAAUGAAAACAAUGCAAAGGAAACCAAAAAUGGUGAGGGCGUUCAGAUGGAGGAAUUUCAGCAAUCGGAUGGACUGGUUGAGAUUGAAAUGUGCUCCUGUCAAAAGAAAAAAGGGAAAUGUGAUAUACAUGCAUAAUUGUUUUUGAAAAAAAAUAACAAUAACAUGCAAAAAUGUUCUAUGGAAGGUUAUAGACAAGUAUAAAAUGUUAACACGUAGUUUUCACCAAACGCAAAAUUUCUUUAAGUAAUUUCUUUAACUUCUUAGGAUCGGUCGUUCAAAUCUUAUAACUGUA